AUGGAAGGCAGAGAAAACAUCAAAUGGAAAUUACGUCGAGCUGGAUAUGUUCGAGUGGAUGUUGAUGGUUCAGUCUUUCACCAAAACCAAGCUGUUUGUGGAGGAGUUGCGAGAGACGAUCAAGGAAAUUGGCUCAGGGGACUUCAACAAGAUCUAGGCUAUGCCCCGUCCACUGCAGCAGAAUUACUGGCUAUCAGAUCGGGAUUGAGGAUGUACAAAGACAUGAACUUUUCACAGGUUCAGCUGUCUGCGGACUCCUUGGAAGCUAUUCAACUUUUGUUGAUGGAUAGUGGAGAUGGACACCCUUUGAGUAGCGAGACACAAGAGACCAGGAUGCUCAUUUUUUCCACCUGGGAUAUUGAAAUCCGUCAUACAUGCAGAGAAGCACUGAAGUGUGUAGAUUAUCUUACAAAGUCAACUCAUGGGUCGAGUAGGGAAAUGAGGCCACUUUCAACAGGCCAUAGACAAUAUUGUGUGGCGCAAGUUGCUCAGGAUGUCUUGAAGGCCAAUAUGGGGGCCUUUGACCAGAUGUAA